ACUUGACUUGGUGCUUUUAGUCUUGGCCCGUCCCUUCGUCCAUCCCCGUCCUUGCCGGGCGAGAGCCGCCCGCCCCCGGGGCGAACCACUGUUUCCGAGGGGAGAUAUGUGUCUGGACCGGUCUCGGGAAGAAGGACGACGGCGCCGAUUCCGUUCGACUCCGAAUCGACAAGCCGUUGACAAGCGAUAAGGAGGCACCCACGUGCCCCCCACGAGUUCGCAGCAGCGAAAGUGAGAGUCGAGAGCAAGUUAAAGUUUUUCGUCUCCGGCAAAAUUAAAGAGAUAAUCCAGGAUAUACGAGUAAUAUCGAGAAAAAUCGGAAAGGUGGACGUUAUCGGAUUUCGAUCGAUGCUACCGAUCCUGCGACAUGUCGCAGGAGAUUUUGCCCCGUCGAGAGGCACCCUCGAUCGAGACCAACGACGCUCGCAGCUCCAAGAAGAGCACUCGCGCUCAGCGCCGAUGGCGCAUCCUCGCCAGGGCACUGACAGGUUCGCCGGAGCCGAUCGGCAACGAGUCCGACGAGGAGGUAUCGGUGAGGAGGUUCACCAGCUUCGGUUUACUCAAAUGCGCGCCGUUGGUGAACGCGCCAACGGACGGCGAGUCCAGCUGGUGCGAGUACUCGACCCGGCUGGACGGCCGGUCGUACGACGUGCAGAUACGCCGAAUAAGCAAGUGCUUCACCGCGAGCGAGCUGAUCGGCUUCAACAACACCGGCAACGUCUGCGUGUGGCCGUCCGAGGAGUGUCUGGCCUACUACCUGCUGAGGAACCGCGGCCUCUGCCGCAACCGUAGCGUCCUCGAACUCGGCGGCGGCAUGAGCUGCCUCGCCGGCGUGCUCGCCGCCAAGUAUUGCAAUCCCAGCGCGGUGACGCUGACGGACGGCAACGUGACCAGCGUCGACAACGUGCGUUGCAUCGUCGCCAGGAAUGACAUGACGCAUCUGGUGGAGUGCGGCGUCGUGCAGUGGGCCCGGGCUGCCAGGGCCCUCAGACAGGCGGUCAAUGGCAACCGUCUUAAGACGCGGACAGUCGACAGCGACGAGGAUGAUCGAUUGCCACUGGGUCUUUACGACGUGAUUCUGAGUGCAGACUGCCUCUUCUUCGACGACACUCGAUUGGACCUCGUGGAGACGAUCUACGGCUGGCUGGCCGACGACGGGAUCGCUCUGGUGAUGGCACCCAGACGCGGGACGACAUUCCAGAAAUUUGCCGAGGCGUCGAUCAAACGCGGUUUCAUAGCGCGACAGACGGAACUGUACGACGACACGGUAUGGUCCCGGCAUCUGGAGCUGCUGGAAAACAAUCCGGAAUACUGCCCGGAUCUGCACUAUCCGGUGUUACUAGAGCUCACGAAGCAGAAGAAGACGCCGCCCGGAUGAUCGAGCUCGAUCGACGACGACGAGGACAACCAGCCGGACGGAAGCCUCGGCGAGGAGUGAAAAUGCGUCAACGUGUUUUUUUUUAUACGGACUUUGCUCGCGCGCGUAGAAUUAAGCGAAAAGAUCGAGUACAUCGAGCGAGGAAAUAGGAGACAUUUGCCAUAUAAUGGGACGUAAAGAUGCACAUAAGACUGCCUCCAUGUUGUCCGGCAAUGUCAAGGCCGGUUUUUUAUUAGUCAUCUGAUGAAACGUUUAGUGCUCGCAUGCACUCGCGGAUCGAUCUUCCGCUGGUACGAAUCGUCGCCGUUAUCGGGAAAGUUCUGCAAGGAAGACUUUCCCGUGCGAGAAUCGAGCAUGAACAUGCCCGAUCUGCCCCUCGUUAAUUAACCGAGUGUUUGCGGUAGAUAUCCGAUAGUUUAUGGAUAAAUGCGUAUAGCUGGAAGUACAAAUAUAUUAAAAUGGUAUUUGUGCUUUUAACAUCUGAUUUAUUUAUUCGCACUCAAUCGCACGUAAUUAAUUUAGCAGAGAUAUUUCUAUUUAAAAUAUUUUAUAUAGGAUACACGGAUGUGUUUGCGCCAAAUUAUGCGCCGUGUGAUAUAAUGAACUAUAAUCCUUCGCUUUAAAUUAAUCCAGAAUAUUGCGAGAUCCGCAAUAUUCUCGUGGGGAGUAAGACUUUUAUCAUUUUACACGUAAUAUAUGUAUCAGAAAAGAGAAACAGGAAAUGAGUGCCAAUGGCAAAUUGAAAAUUUUCGAAUAACUCAAUAUUGUUCAGUGAGAAAAAUUUAGAUAUUUCAGAUUAUCUUUCAAAUAUAUUAAUAUCGUAGCAUAUAUUGGGCGAUGGAGAUAUUAUAUUAUAUUAUAAAAUAGAGUCUCAGAUUGGUCAAAGUGACCGAAGAUUAAAUAAUAUCAGGGAUAUUAU